AAUGGAGCUGUUUGAAAAAUUCGCGUGCUUGAAUUCGACGAUGGAUUUAGUUGGUCUGCCCAUUUAUAUUUUCGUUGGAAUGGUUGUUACAGUUUUUAUAAUUUACAAAUGGGCAACUCAAAACGAUGGAUACUUUGUGAAACGUGGAGUUACAGCAUUAAAGCCAGCUUUAUUUUUUGGCAAUUCGCGUGAGUUUUUCACAAAGAAAAUUGAUUUAAUUGAAUUUGUUAAGAACCUGUAUAAUGACUUCCCGGACGAAAAGCUAUCGGGUUUCUUCAAUUUCAUGCGUCCCAUUUAUGUACUUCGUGAUCCUGAGCUGUAUAAACAAAUUGCGAUCAAAAAUUUCGACUCUUUCGUUGACCAUCGCUUUAUUAUUGAGCCACAAAUGGAUUCAUUGAUGGGCAACACAUUGUUUUUGAUGCGUGGCGAAAAGUGGCGCAAAAUGAGAGCCACGUUAACACCAGCCUUUACCGGUUCCAAAAUGCGUCACAUGUUCGAUUUGGUUAGAGAUUGUGCAGCUGAGGCGAGAAACUAUUUGCUUGAAACACGUUUUACCACUGUUGAUGAUGAAGCUUCUAUUGAAAUAACCGAUUUUUAUUCGCGUGUUACAAAUGACACCAUUGCAUCAUGUGCAUUUGGAUUGAAAAUAAAUUCGUUGAUUGAUCGACACAAUGAAUUUUUCGAAACCGGUUGCAAAUUGCAGCAUUUAAAUUCGCUAAAAUCAUUUAUGAAAAUUUGGUGUUUGCGUGCAUUUCCAUGGCUAUUCGAAAAGUUACAUAUUGAAUUUGUUGAUCGCAAUAUACGAAAAGUGUUUUCGAAUUUGGUGUUGCAAAAUAUUGAAGCACGGCGUGAGAACAAUAUCAUUCGACCCGAUUUAAUUGAUUUGUUGGUGAAUGCAAAACGCGGAUCUAUUUGGUCAGAUGACGAAAUUAUUUCGCAGGCGUUUGUCUUUUUCUUGGCUGGGUUUGAUACAACAAUGUGGGUUUUGACCGCCGUUACUUAUGAAUUGGCACUCAAUCCAAAUAUUCAAGAUCGACUUAUCAGUGACAUUGAAGAGGUUGAAAAGACAUUGGGCGAUGCAUCGAUCACCUAUGAUGUUUUAAAGAAAAUGAAAUAUUUGGAUAUGAUUGUCAACGAAUGUCUUCGUCUUCACUCGCCAGCCGUACUUAUUGAUCGUCUUUGUUCGAAACGCUUUCAUUUGACCGACGGCGAAAAGGUUGAUGUACACAUUGAGAAAGGCGAUCACAUUUGGAUCCCGAUAUACUGCUUUCAUCACAAUGAAAAGUACUUUUCACAACCAGAGGUCUUUGAUCCGAACCGUUUUAGCGAUGAAAAUCGAAAAAAUAUUGAACAAGGCCAUUACGUGCCCUUCGGAAUGGGACCGAGGAGUUGUAUUGGCGGUAGAUUUGCGCUGAUGGAAGUCAAAUUGAUUAUUUAUUACAUGCUGAGUCAUUUUACGUUUAGAAGUACGGAACAAACUGAAAUACCAAUGAAAAUAAAAUCGUCUCCAUUUGGAUUGAGCCCGAAAAAUGGUGUGGUGCUAUCGAUCAAACGAAGGAAAUAAGAAAAAAAGACAGAACAUGUGCGAAAACUUCUUCGUUGAAAUAAAGAAAAAGUGUCUUCAUUGUUUUUACUCAUAUUUAUAUUAUUUAAUCGUUGAGAAUUUUAUCUUUUU